AUGGGGCCAACUCCUCUACAUGUCAAUCCCAUUUUUGAGAUAGGCCCUGUUGAGCUAAGAUUUUCAGAAUGGUUAGUAUUCGAGGGCAUUAGAGUCGAUGAGAGUGGGCGACAACACUUCCUUGAUGCUAUUGUUGCUUACGAGUGUGCAAUGCUUAAUGCUAUCGACUACCUGUCCAGAUUUGGUACACGAAAGAACAGGGGUGAAAUCUAUCCAUCAAAAUCACCCUUCUAUGACUUACAAAAUUUUGUAAACAAUCUUAGUGCUAAUGGUGGCUAUCAAGUCUGUCUUCUACUCUCAUGCUGCCCCUGUGAAGGAAGGAUUUCAAGAAUAGUUGAUUCUCCCAAUGCUGUUGCCACUCUUGCAAUCCCAUCUUCCAUCUUUGAUCAGGACAUUCGUCCAAAAACCAAACAAGGUGCCUACUGGACCUUGACUUUUGAAGAACCCUAA